UCGAAGUUCAUACCAAGGAAUCGUGAGAGCGAGUCACACGCGAACGCCACGAGCGCGACGCGCGGCCACCGGACACUCCAAAAAGAAAAGAAAAGAAAGGCCUCUUUAUUUUAUAUUGUUGUUGUACUUGUGAAGCAUCUCUCCGGUUAUGGACAUCGCAGCCAAGAUGGACCUAAGUUUGGAGCAGGCUCAGUUCGUGGCGCCCGCGUGCUUCUUCGCCACCGCCGCAUCUCAGAGUCUGAGCCCGAGCGACAGCACCGGCAAGUCAGCAUCCAAACAGGCCAAGAGACAGCGCUCGACCUCGCCGGAGCUGCUGCGCUGCAAGCGGCGCCUGAGCUUCGCGGGUUUCGGCUACAGCCUGCCGCAGCAGCAGCCGCACGCCGUGGCGCGGCGCAACGAGCGCGAGCGCAACCGGGUCAAGCUGGUCAACAACGGCUUCGCGACGCUGCGCGAGCACGUGCCCAACGGCGCGGCCAACAAGAAGAUGAGCAAAGUGGAGACGCUGCGCUCUGCAGUCGAGUACAUCCGCGCCCUGCAGCAGCUGCUCGACGAGCACGACGCCGUGAGCGCAGCCUUCCAGUCGGGCGUCCUGUCUCCCAGCGUCGCGCACAGCUACUCCAACGACAUGAACUCCAUGGCCGGCUCGCCGGUCUCCUCAUAUUCCUCUGACGAAGGAUCCUACGACCCGCUCAGUCCCGAAGAGCAGGAGCUCCUAGAUUUCACCAGCUGGUUCUGAACAUCAGGAAGAUUCCGUAGAUUGUCAGCACUCACUCUGGAGGUCCGAGUGCGUCCUCCGAGAACAC